AGGUGCAGUUUGCUGAACUUCCUGUCGCUCCCGCUCCUCCUCCUAAGGAGUUGACUGAUGAGGAGAUUGCCAUUCUCUCUAAGCAAAGACAAGCUGUUCUGAGAGAACUAAGAGUAUUUCUACGUGACGCUACUAACAAGUUACUAGCUGAAAGGAAAUUUAAAGAAUUUACUAAACCAGUUGAUAUUGAAGAAGUUCCGGAUUAUUUUGAUAUCAUUAAAUGUCCAAUGGAUCUGUCAAGUGUCAUGAAGAAGAUUGAUGAGCAUCGUUAUAAUGUACCCAAGGAAUGGCUUAAUGAUAUUGACCUCAUCACAUGCAACGCACUGGAGUAAG